GACAAAGUGGAUCCGGCUGAAGUAUCCCUGGUCAACAAAAUGAUCCGCCUCGCUCUAAAGAGGACUACGAGUGAGAUCGAGGUCGUCAGGAGGGACCCCAACUCACCGCUUUUCUCCGUUAAGACAUUCGAGGAGUUGUGCCUGAAACCGGAGCUGUUGAUGGGUGUCUAUGGCAUGGGCUUUAACAGACCUUCUACGAUUCAGGAGAAAGCUCUGCCUCUGAUGCUAGCACAGCCACCUCAGAAUUUGAUCGCCCAGUCACAGUCUGGCACAGGCAAAACUGCUGCCUUUUCUCUGGCAGUGCUCAGCCAUGUGAACUCCGCCCACAAGUGGACUCAGGCUCUUUGUAUCGCGCCUACAUACGAGCUUGCCUUGCAGACUGGACAAGUGAUUGAGCAGAUGGGCAAACACUGCCCCGAAAUCAAACUAGCAUACGCCCUUAGAGGCAAUAAAAUGGUGCCAGGGAAGCCUUUACAAGAACAAAUUGUGGUGGGAACACCUGGCACCAUCCUGGACUGGUGCAAAAAGUGGAAAAUAAUCGAUUUAAAAAAGAUAACCCUUUUUGUCUUGGAUGAGGCUGACGUGAUGAUCGCCACUCAAGGUCAUCGUGACCAGAGCAUCCGCAUUCAUAGGCAGCUGUCAAAAGACUGCCAGAUGCUCUUCUUCUCUGCGACCUUUGAAGAGGCGGUGUGGAAGUUUGCAGAGUUGAUUGUUCCCGAUGCCAACAUCAUCCGACUGCGUCGUGAGGAGGAGACUCUGGACAACAUCAAGCAGUUUUAUGUCUUCUGCGGGAGCAAGGAGGAAAAGUUCACCUUUCUGUGUGACCUCUACGGGAGUAUGACUGUGGCACAGGCCAUGAUCUUCUGCCGUACUUGUAAGACUGCGGCUUGGCUGGCUGCUAACCUGACAAAGGAAGGCCACAGCAUCGCAUUGCUGAGUGGGGAAUUAACUGUGAUGCAGAGAGCGAAUAUCAUUCAACGCUUUCGAGAUGGCAAGGAGAAGGUUCUUGUCACAACAAAUGUUUGUUCAAGGGGCAUUGAUGUGGAACAGGUGUCUCUGGUGGUCAACUUUGACCUCCCCGUGGACGUGGACGGCAAAGCCGAUAACGAGACGUACCUUCACCGGAUUGGCCGAACAGGACGUUUUGGGAAACGAGGGUUCGCCAUCAACAUGGUGGACAGUGACGCAGGCAUGGAUGUCAUCGAACAAAUUGAGAUUCACUUCGGCAGGAAGAUCCAAAAAUUGGAAUUGGAAAAUGUGGAAGCAAUUGAGAAAGACCUCAAAUAA